GGCUGAGCCAAGCCGCCGCCUCCCCUCCCUCCGCCGGCCGGCUGGGCCGCCGCCUUCUCCCGGGAGCCGGGGGGGCCGGAGUGGCGCUGAACGGCAGGAGCAGUUUUAGUGUUGAAGAAUGACAGCAGCUACAUGACCAAGUGGAUGCAUUGUACAAGAGGGCAUUAGUUACAUCUGCCACCUUUAUUGAACUCUUCCUUAAGUUCAACCCUUAUUUUAUUUUAGAAGUGGAAAGACAAAGUAGGUUUUGAUGUUUUGUGUGGCAUCAACUGAAAUAGGAGCCAUCAUGAAUAUAACAAAGGGUGGGCUUGUGCUGUUUUCAGCUAAUUCCAAUUCAUCAUGCGCGGAACUAUCGAGGAGAAUUGCUGAUCGCUUGGGGGUAGAGAUGGGCAAAGUUCAGGUUUAUCAGGAGCCAAACAGAGAAACAAGGGUGCAGAUUCAAGAAUCUGUGAGAGGAAAAGAUGUCUUUAUCAUCCAAACAGUUUCAAAGGAUGUGAAUACUACGAUCAUGGAACUCCUGAUCAUGGUGUAUGCUUGUAAAACCUCCUGUGCCAAAAGCAUUAUUGGAGUGAUUCCCUACUUCCCAUACAGCAAGCAGUGCAAGAUGAGGAAAAGGGGCUCCAUUGUCUCUAAAUUACUGGCUUCGAUGAUGUGCAAAGCUGGUCUAACUCACCUUAUUACAAUGGAUUUACAUCAGAAGGAAAUACAGGGGUUCUUUAAUAUUCCGGUUGAUAAUUUGAGAGCCUCUCCAUUCUUGCUUCAGUACAUUCAAGAAGAGAUCCCAGAUUACAGGAAUGCUGUGAUCGUGGCCAAAUCACCUGCAUCUGCAAAGAGGGCACAGUCAUUUGCUGAGCGCUUGAGGCUAGGAAUUGCUGUGAUUCAUGGGGAAGCUCAAGAUGCUGAAUCUGACUUGGUAGAUGGUCGACAUUCACCUCCUACAGCCAAAAGUGUAGCUGCUAUUCAUCCCAGUUUGGAGAUACCCAUGCUGAUUCCAAAGGAAAAGCCACCAAUCACAGUUGUUGGAGAUGUAGGAGGAAGAAUAGCCAUCAUUGUGGAUGACAUUAUAGAUGAUGUUGACAGCUUCCUCGCUGCAGCAGAGACUCUCAAGGAAAGGGGAGCAUACAAGAUUUUUGUAAUGGCGACCCACGGCCUGCUGUCUUCAGAUGCUCCCAGGUUGAUAGAAGAGUCUGCUAUUGAUGAAGUUGUUGUAACCAACACGAUCCCACAUGAAAUACAAAAACUCCAGUGUCCCAAAAUUAAGACCGUGGAUAUCAGUAUGAUCCUCUCAGAAGCCAUUCGCAGAAUCCAUAAUGGGGAGUCCAUGUCUUACCUUUUCAGAAAUAUAGGACUAGAUGAUUAAUCUUUUAUUUUUAUUCUAAAGAAAAACCAAGGGCCAAACUGGAAUUGUAUAGAAAACAAGCUGUGAAGCAUCAUGCUUACCUUACUAUUUCAAUUGAGUCAUUUCUGUUUUGUUGUUUUUCUUGGUUUAAAUUUGAAGUUAGACCAGAUUUCAAGAGCUAUUUUUCUUUGCAGUUUUUGAAAAAGACCCCAAACGUUUUCCAAAAAGAGAAAAAAAAGUUGUUCUAGUUGCUUUUAGGUUAGUUGCACUAUAUAUGGAAAACAAACACUUGAAGCAAGAAUUUAGCUCAUAAACUAAACAUUCCUUUUCCAAAGCUGCUUGCUACAAGUGCUUUAAAAAGUUGAUAAAAUGAAGUGACUGUAUAAUAUUUGCAUUUUAAAAGCCAAAAAGGUUGUACUGUUGUAUGCAGUUAAGUGACAUUUUGUAGAAGUGCUUUUAUAGAAAAGCAUAUGAAAUAUGCACCUGUAUUUAUUUUCUGCAACAAAGAAUAAAGAUUUGUUUUGUGUGA